AUGAACAACCCUGAGUUUCGUCAGACUCUCCACAACAUCUCUCACAACCUUGAGACUGCAAAUCAGGCUGCUCAAGAGAACAUCUACACGUUUACGCAAUUAUACGUCGACCCUUGUCUUGAAGGGAUCAAAUCGUGUGUCUAUUCUUGCACCGCACCUUGCUUCCCGAACCGAGAAGCCAGCCACCGGCGGAGGAGAGGUCGGUCGCGUGGAAGAGCCGAGUACAACUUUGACUUCUAUAAUGCCUGGGAUGACGAAGAAGCGCUCGGUGAUGGCGUCUUAGGUUGGGGCCAUGAUGAGCUGGACGGUCUACUGGCCGGUCAUGGGUCGCAGUCGCGGCAGCCAAGGAAACAACGGGCAAUGAGCUACGGCUCAAGAGGAAGACGAAAACCGUCUGGAAUCCAGCCAGAAUCAGAGCAGGAUCCCACCAUUAUACCAAGCUCGUCAUACCUGGGGUUCCUUGAACGGCUGCCAUGGAGAAUUGGCGCCAGGAAAUUGCGCUACAAGCCUUCAGCUGCGGAUUUACAAGAAAAUCCCGGCGGCACUCGAGUGCGAGAUGCGGAGAGCGAACCACUUAUAGAAGAGCCGGAAGAAAACCAUGACACAUGGAGAAAGGGCCAUGGUCGUCAGCGGAGCGAUACUACCGCUUCGAGGUCGACAACCAAUUCCCUGAGCUCUAGAGGGGACUUGAUCAUGAGCGAUGAGGAAGAGUAUGAAGACGCGCAGCCGCUUGAUGACUCUUUUGCUGUUCUGCUCAGCCGGCGAAACACCAACCAAGGCUCGGCGGAAGAUCAGAGCAAUGGUAAGCCGAGGACGCCAAGCGGCCAGCGUCCAGGAGUGUCUCGCAACUCCACCCGAACAGUUUCUUCCAGGUCCAAAAGAAGCCCAAGCGGCAAGGUUAGCCAAAGGUCGGCCUCGUCGAAGAGUCUGGCACCUAUGUCUUCGGACGUCGUCGAAGAGCAUCCUGAGCCACCAACAUUAGUCGACCUCAGACGUGAAGAAGAACGAAUUGCGCACGAGGAAGAGCUUGAGAUAGAGCAGAAACGUGAAGCCGCUCAACGGCUGGCCUUGCAGCGAGGGUUAAGCUCGCGCGAUGCCAAAGACCUGACAAGCACGGAAGUCAAGCCUGAGAACGUCGAAGAUACGGGAGUGGACACUGCUAUAACGGUCGAUGUGUCGGAACGAGAUCCUGCGUCACCAUCCCAUUCACCAUCCACAGACUUGCGAAACACGGAACCAGAGUUAGCACCGUCGAGUACGGAUGGCGACGAUGACGGCAAGGAUCCCACCUGA